UUUUUGGAAAUUCUAAUAACUGAAAGAAAUGAAUUCGUCUUCCUUUCUUGUUGGUACCACACGACAAGAAAGAGCAGCAAUAUCGAUUUAAAGGUUCAUCCACGUCACUGCUAACUGUGAAUCACUCACGUUGGUUUCUUUCAUGGCCAAAAAGCUGUUUGGUUUUCAGCAGUUAAGGCGAGCUUUCAGAACUCUUUGUUAUAUUUUGUUGAUGUACAUAUCCUCCAUCAGCUUAACAUUUUAUAACAAAUGGCUAUUGAAGGUUGGUAGUUUUCCCAUGCAUAUGUAAAGUCUUUGACUUACCUAGCUUUAAACCUUUCAUUCUCAAUAUCAGAAAGCUAAUUCUCCUAAGCUAUGUCCAUAAAUUACUUUGUUGGCUGGUACUGAAAAUUUAUUGUGAUAUCAAGACAAAUAUCCCUUUUGUUGAAAAUUUUCUUCGUUUUCAUUACCUGUCUGGAAAAUAUUGUUUGAAAAUUGUAUGGAGAUUUUACUUAUUGAUCACUGCAGGAAGUGAAAGGAUUAAGAUAUGAUAUAUUAUGACUGAGUGGCAAGGUUGCAUGGGAAAAUAUUUGGCUUGAGGUCAUGAUAUACAGACCAGGGGGAGUGAGGUCCUUGUGUGAUGAGUCAAAUGUUUUCCUGUCUGACCCAACCAAACUCAGUUAAUGAGCAUAUAUCAGAUAAGCACUAAGUGUUGAAAAUUUCAAAACUUUUGUUUUAGCCUAAAGACAGUAAAAACCUGCAUAAAAGAACAAGUGCAUUUAAGAACAUUCAGGCUGAAAUUUGUUCAAAAAAGUACCAAAUACACAAGAACACAUUCAGCCUGAAAAAAGAUCCCUCUUUCCAGUGCUGUACCUUAGUAGAAGACUGGAAAGAGGGAUCAUUGGGGUGCUGGUGUAUUUUGAAUUUGCUUGGCUUUUGCUGAGUUUCCAGUUGUUUAUCACCAGAUCUGCUACCCCUUCACAAAUAUAAUAUUAUUACCUUGAUUAAUGCAGUUAUAAGGUUAAUUCCAUCCAUUAAUUAAAAUGUUGUGCUUGCACAUCGAGUUCAUCUGUUGGUAUUUAAUAUUUAAUGUAGUAUUUUAAUAUUUAAUGUAGUAUUUAAUGGUUAGAAACAAUUUUAAGAACACCUUAAGAACAUUUUCGAGCUGAUUUUGCAGGAAACACCAGAUAAAUAAAAACAAAAUCAGCCUGAAUCCUCAAAACACAGGUACUUUAUGUGGGUUUUUACUGUAUAGGAGGUGAUAGACUGGUACAUGUAGGACAAAGGGAAAAAAGACUUUGCAAUAAAAACUUUUUCCUUGUUUUUUUGAGUCUUAAAAAGAAACUUGCAGUUAGUUCCUUGAAAAAUGCCACUUUUUUUUUUUUUGCUCUUUUCCUUCAAUUUUGUGCAACAAAGCUGUGUGAGUGCAAGGCUGGCCAGGUUUUUCUGGACCUGCUUGAGUCAACCCUACAUACAUCAGCUUUCACCAUGGUUUUCUAUGAGAUUGUGCACAAAUAGGGCCACACACAUCAUGUGAUAAUUAUGCUUAUCUCUAGCGGAUGGAAUGUGUGUGAUUUGUACUCAAUGACUCUUGUAUAUUACUUAUAUAAUAUGCUCUCAUCCUUUAUUUCAGAGGUUUCACUUUCCUUUGUCUGUGUCAGUGGUACACUAUGCAAUGGUAUUUGUCAUUGCGGCAAUUUUGAGAUUCCUUUGGGAAUUAAAGACAGGGAAGACACGUAUUAUUUUACCCUGGUCUGUGUACUUAAAAAGAGUUCUACCCACAGGUGAGAGGGUGGAAAAUCCUUUUAAUUGUACUUAAGACUAGCUUAUGACCCCAAAUGUUUGCAUCUUGUCUUCUAAGAAUUGUUCUUCCUUUUUAUAUUCUGGUACCUUAUGAAAUAUUUGAAGAUUCCUCAAAGAAUUAACAACAGCUCUAUAAAGUAUAAGACUGAUGUUCAAGUACUUAAUUUUUAAAAUGACCCUUAAAGAGGAAAAGUUUUGCAGCAGAUCUUGCCAUGUGUGAGUAAUGUAGCUCAUUGUCUUGGUGUAUAAAGUAACAUGUUUUCUGGUUAAUUAGGUAAAAUUUCCGACAGAUUACAGUUCCAUGUAGUUGAAAAGGAGAUUGCUGAUAGCCCUUAACUCUGAUUUUAUUUGAUUUCCUCUUUUUCUAGCAAUAGCUUGUGCUCUGGACAUUGGGUUUUCUAACUGGAGCUUAAUGUUCAUCACAGUGUCAUUGUAGGUAUUUCCUCAUGGAAUGAAUCAUUUAUUAGUGGAGGAUAUUAAAUGUUCACAUUGGGAGAGUUUUUUUCAAAUGUCAUGGGUACCUUUUACUUGAGUAAGUGGAAUGAAUGAAAGAAAAGCUGAAUUUUAUACCAUUGGCACUCAAAGACUGGUUUGUUUUCCCAAGUAGCUAAUUUGUAAUGUUCUGAAACAUCAUGAAAAGCAAAAAAGUUACAGUUCAGGUGGUUUUAAUUUUGUAUUUUCACUGGUCAUGAAAAUUAAAAACACUUGAUCUGGUAUCCCCCUUCCCCCCCAGUUUCCUCUCCCCCUAUUCUGUGACAUACUCAUGAAGAUGUGAAAAAAAUCAUGAAACAAUUGAGGUACAAGAUGUAAUUUGAAAACUCCUUCCAAGUCCUGACUAAAUGCAAUAAUCACCUGCAUGUAAAAUUCACUUGCAGAGGUGUUAUUUCAUUUUCCUAACAAGGACAAAGCAGUUUCAAUUUUGGGAAAGAUUGUUUCUUAUACAGUAAAGAGGAAUUUUCCCUAGUUAUUUUUGGUCAAAGAAAAAGCCCCUCACAAAGACUCAAAUGCCAUUGAUCAAUUUAUCAGAUGCAAUUAAUUCGUUUAUUGAAAUUGUUUUACCUUAUGAACAUGAAAACCAUGACAUAUAUCCUGUGAUGAAUUGCAUUGAGAUUCUGGCACCUUCUGUAAAUAUGACGGUUACAAAUGAGACACUAAGUUUUGCUUGUAAACUGUUCUGCUUAAAUCCCCAAUUUUGUCCACCCUUUAUCUCCCUGAGUGACCAAGACAGAAUUUCUCCUAACAUUAUCAACACAAUAUCAAGCAGACAAGUGAUGAGAAUUUUUAAAAAAAGGCCAAUUAGGAUAUCAAUACCAAUAGCAAAUUCUCAAAACUGACAAUAAUUUUAUGGCAGAUAGUAAGGAGAAUUACCAAUGAGAUCUUAGGAGUGAAAGGGUUAAUUUGACAAAUUGAGAUACAGAACAUAACUGAUUCAGAUUAAGUAAUGAUUCAGAUUUAUCCCCUAAUUUGCACAAUUUUAAUAAAUAGAGAUAACCAAGUAAUCUUCCCUUGUUUAUUUCAGAUACACCAUGACUAAAUCUACAAGCAUUAUUUUCAUCCUCAUGUUUGCUUUUGUUCUCAGAUUAGAGCAUUGGGUAAGUAAUAAAAUGUAUCCCAGUGUAGUUUGUGUUCAUGUAGAGUUUAAAAAUCUAGUUGGUGGGAUUAAGCAACCAAGCAGUGCCCCCCCUCAAAAAAAGAUGAUCAAGUCAACUUUCUACAUGUGCUAUUUUAAACCAAGCAUGUGAUCUUAGACUGUUUUGAAAUAGCUAUAACUGCAAAUGAUAUAGAACAUUGAAAAUAAUGCUGAGCGCGUAGAUUUUCACAGCAGAUAAUUUUUAACCCAGUAACCAUUAGUUUGUUUUUCUUUGUGUAUUUGACAGAACUUUUCAUUGGUGGCUGUAAUCCUGUUAAUUGCGAGUGGCUUGUUUUUAUUCACUUAUGAGGCUACUGAAUUCAAUAAGGAGGGAUUUGUCUUGGUAAGUUAAUAACAAAAACAAAAGUAUAUAUUUUUUAAAUGGUGUUUUUCAAUUCUCUAGUGAUAGAAAUUGUUUAGUUUAUCUAUGGUUAUCAGUUGUGUUUAAAUUUCAGUCAUAAUUUUCAAUUUUAGUUAACCCUUUAACUCCCAAGAUCUGAUUGUUAACUCUCCCCUCUUACUUCUACUCAUUCCCUGGUAAAUUUGCUACAAUAAUUUGGGGAUAGAUCAAGAUAACAACUUCUACUUGUCUAAGUUUGAGUUUUCUCAUUACCUGUUUGCUCAAUAAUGUAUGGAUGUUAUAGGGAGAAGUUACAUGUUAAUCGCUUCUGGUAAUUAAAGGGUUAAAUGACACUGACAUGAAAGGUUAGUGUUCAAGAUGGAUCUAAUAUUUCACUAUGGUGUAUUUCAUCCUCAAGGUGUUAACUGCUUCAGCACUGAGUGGCUUACGAUGGACACUUGCGCAGAUUUUAACACAGAAAGAAGAUUUAGGUGUGGUUCUUGUUAACAUGAGUAAUAGUGAUAACUGAAAUAUUAAAAUUGAGUACUUUAAGAAACAUUUAUUUAUCUUCAACAGUUGUGGAUUCAAAACAUUUAUAACAGUACUGUACACAAAACAUAUACCCUAAGAGCUAAGGUCUUACUACAUGUACAUUGCUCUUGUGUUUCUAUCCUUUUGUAGGUCUUCACAACCCCCUUGAUACACUUUAUCAUCUCCAACCUUUUAUGACAUUAACUCUGAUUCCCCUGGCAUUUUACAUAGAGGGUAAGUCAAUCAACUAAAAAUACAUUGUCUUAUUGUUGAAAUUUCAUUAAUAAUCGAUCCUAGCAAGUUAGCAAAUCAGGGAGUUAUUGCCAACACUUAUUAACAUGCAUACUUACUACAGAACUACUUUACAACUUUGUUUUCCUUCCAGCAAGAACAAGUUUAUAAUAAAUGUCUAACCAUUUGACCCCUAAGAGUGACUAGCAUGUAAUUUCUCCUAACAAUAUCACCCCUGAAUCAUACUUAAAAGUUACACAAAUAAACAAAUGAUCAAUAACUAAAGAAACUUUUGAUUGUAAAACAAGUUCUCCUCUUAAGAACCCUUGGAAAUGCUGAGAGAACAGUAUGGAGAAUAUGUACACAGAUAUUAGGGUUUAAAAGGUUAAAUUAAUUAAAUACUUGUUAUUUGUGAUUUUGUAGGACAGGACUUGGCCAUGUCACCAAAGCUCUUCAGGGCCUCAGAUAGUUAUACCUUAUGGGUGACCAUUGCCAUGGUGAUGUUUGGGUGUUUCUUAGCCUUCAUGAUUAGUGUUUCUGAGUUUCUUCUUCUCUCCCAUACAUCAAGCUUAACACUCUCCAUAUCAGGAAUAUUUAAGGUAAACUGAAAGAUUUCAUUAGUAGGAUCACAUACUGAGCAGUUUUAUUAUAACGUUUGGAUAUAAUGUGCAGUGUCAUUGGUUGAAAGAGUGUGGUCUAUUAUAGUAUAGAGCAUGCUGACAACACUGUUGUUCACUUUAGAAAUAAAGUUUGUUUUGAAAUUUGAAAGAAAUGCAUAGGGAAUUUAACAGACUUUUUAUUGUAAAACAAAUAGAGAAGCCUUGACUGUGCUCUGUUUUGUUGUAAAGCACUAGGAAGCAGCUAGAGCACUCAAGAAGUGGGGAGAAACACUCAGCUACACCUCCUAUUUCUCCCUAAACUUCUUUUGUGCUCUAGCUGCUUUCUGUGUACUUUACUUUUUUUUCUGAUAUUAGUGAAAUACACUGCCUGUAAAUGUGAUGUGGCUUGAUGUCAGUAAUUCUAUAACUGCACUUAUGUGGAAUCUGUGGCUGAAAUUGACAACUCUGUGUCUUUAUACAAGCAUGAUCUUUAAUACUCUAAGACUGACGUUGGUUGAAACUAAAGAAAAUAACAAACGGUUACACUAGUUACACAAUAUACAACCUAAAAAAAUAACGAACAACAAGACUAUGAAAUACUUACAUUGUUAUGACCAAAGAAACAUUACUCAACUGCUCUUAGCAAAAAAAAAAAAAAAAGAAACGGUUAUAUUACUCGAUAAAUUAUGCAGGCAGCACAGAGCGACAGAAGGUGGCAACAGAAUGACAAGAAAAGCAAUAAUUAAACAAUAAGUAUAAUUACAAAGUGAAAAGACUUAAAUAAAUGGACUCCAAACACGCAAAGAGAAAAAAGAGAAGAAAAGAAAAACCAACAAGAAAAAAAUCACACUUAGAACUUACAAAUUCAUCAAAGGUUUAUUUCAAGAAAGUUAGCAGAGACCCCUCUAUGUAUUUCAGGGUGAACUUUUUUCACAUUUCCCUGCUCACUAGCCUGUCAGUGUUGGGUCAUUUAUCUUGCUCAUUUAGCAAGUCUUUUCCUUUUCAUCUUCUCUUUGAUAAGUUGUGGGUUUGGCAAGUAAAUUGUUUUCAACCUAGUGGUUCAAUGUGAUGGUGUUUUAAACCCUUUAACCCUACGAGUGACUAGCAUCUAAUUUCUCCUUACAAUAUCACCCCUGAAUCACACAUUAAGGUUAUGAGAAUGAAGGAAAUGAUCACCAAGUAAAGAAGCUUUUGAUCAGUAAACAAAUUCUCCUUGUCAGCACCUUAGGAAAUGUAUAAAGAACAGCAUGGAGAAUAUGCAUGAUGACAAAAACAUGUAGAGGGUUAUGAAUGGUGACUGCUGUUGGGGUGGCUAUAGAUACACGUGUACCUUUGUCAUACUGCUCAGUUCCAUUAAUUCUUGAUGAGGUUGAUUGUUGUGUAACACAAAGUUUUGUUACCUUUUUUUUAACCCAAUCCUUCUUUUUAUUUAAAGGAAAUCUGUACAUUAUCUCUCGCCACUGAGUUUGCAGGGGAUAGAAUGACUACUGUGAACUUUUUUGGGCUUGUCCUGUGUCUAAUUGGAAUAAGUGUCCAUGUUGUGGCAAAGGCAACAAGAGGUAGGUUUCAUAAAGAAUGAGGACAUUGUUGGACUCACAUUAUCAGCAAACCAUCAAACAAGUAUAUGUAACCAGAAUCACUGUUACAAUGACUUGUAUUGGGUACUCAAUCUGUUUACAAUACUAGCAAGCACUUCUCAAGAAAUUGCGUCUUCCUGGAUUGGCAUUGAUUGACUAUAAUACCAUAUACUACAACUUUUAUUGGCCAAAAUUUAAAUUUAAAUUCUAAUUUUCUUUUCAGAUUCAGAGAAUUUGAAGUUAAGCAAACAGAAAAUAGAGGAACUCAAGUUGAAUGGUGAUAUUGAACUAAAAGGCCUGCUCCUCGCAGAUCAAGAAAAGCUUGGAAGUGAUGAUGAUAAUGAAGAAUAUGAACUGAAUGUUCAUGGGCAAAGAUAGUAGAGGAUAGGACCUCUGGAGUAAAAUUACGUUAUUUAUCUGUAAAAUCUCUCUAGGAAUAUUCUAAAUUUGGAUUUAAAGUCAAAAAUAUUGAAUUUAUUUUGAAAAUUAUAUGCUGUGCAACAAAUUAUUUCCUAAAUUGUAGAAAUACUUGAUAUAACCUGCAGUGGGUACUAAACGAAAAAAAAUUGUGAGGGAUUUUUUACAAAUGUCUUAUUUCCUUCAAAGGAGGGAAUGUCUCAGGGAUUUUAGGGGUGGGUGGGAAAA